UCUUUUCUUUUUUUUUCGCAUUUUUUUUCGGUUACUGCCCUCCACAAUACACACACGCACACGGGCGCAAAUCUGCUUGAUACCAAACAAAAAAAACCCCAAAAUCGACAAAAUAGUCGAACUACGAAGAAAGCGGCAGAAGCUUGCGAGUUCAGCGAAUGUCUUUUUGCCGGUAGCGCCACCGUUGCGUGGUCAGUCACCACAGGGCAAUAUUCCGAACCUAUCGCAGCUGGACGCCACUGGCGGUCACAGUGCGUCGACGAGCGGUUUACCCCGAGGCAUUUAUAGCUAUCACAAUGCGAGUGGGUUCCAACAGAUGCCAAAAGAGGAAAUUAAAAACGAACCGGGAGACUCACCCAAUCAUAAUCCAUCCAACCAAUAUCAACUGCAACCGAUGCAAGGAAUGCUUUCCACUCAAAGCACUUCACCGGGACCGGAUCGAUCACCGUCCACGCUCACACCGUCACCAGGCAUCGGUGGUCCGAUCUCACCACUGGAUCCUGGCAAUGUGACACCUACCCCACCCGCCUACACCACACUGGGCGGUCCCGUAGGCAAUCUGUUCGGUACCUUUGCUACCAAUUUCGGUAACAAUGCAGCAUCAACACAACAGAACGCCAACGUGCCAAUGUUCGAAACCAACCUGCCCGGUCCUUCGAACGGUUGGGUACAACCAAUACCUUUGCACAACCAGAACGGCCCUAGUCAGCAGCAGUCCUUCAAUCUGGGCAACUUUGGCUCUCUGCCGCUUACCGGCGAAUCGAUGCUAACCAUGAACACAACGAACACGAUCCCAACCGGCAACAACCAAUCGACCGUGGGCCCACCAUCGAUGGGGUCCGAUUUGAACUUUAUGAACCUUGACUUUACCAACCUCGAUCCGGUGUUUAACUCGUCCGAGAUACGUUCCGUACUGGGGAAUCUCUCCGCGACGGAGCUGAACCGUUUGGAGCAGGCGACAAACAUGCAAACGUCCGGUAACUACCAGCAAAAUGCAGCCAACAAUCAGCAGCAAACACUUAAGGCUCUCUUGGCGACACAGCAGCUGCAACCACAGCAGGAACAAGGCCAAACUCUCCCAGAUCGAAACGACAACGACGAGGACCUGACCGAUAGCUUUACGAAACUCAGCACCAACGAUUUAAAUUAAGACUUAAGACUCCAACCACACUCACACAUUCUGUUUCCCGUGUUUGUCCUCUGUUUGCCUGGAAUGGCAAUCGGCAAAUUGUCCAUUGUAACCGAUCCGAAACCCCGUUCUAUUUCUUCAGAUCGUGUAGUCCGUAAGCAUCAAAUGACCUGCGCUGUGUUGACGACAUUUUGUCUAAUCGAUUGUUAAGUUUUCUAUUGCGGACGUUCAAUACUGACCAUUGGCAAGUAAAACCACAAAAAAAAACACAAGGAAGAUCCUUCGAGAUAUUUUUUUUUGUUAUACAUAAGAGCUAAUUACGCGAAAAUUUA